GUGCAUUGCAAAUCUUCAUCUCAUACUCUCCUCUUCUUCUUUGUCAAUGGGGGAGCAACCGUCACGUAGCGGAAGUUCGGGGAUCAACGCCGUGUCCUCCGACGUUUUACGGUCUAACAUCCUCACCCGCCUCGACGGCUCCUCUCUCGCCGCCUUGAGCUGCACGUGCUCAAACCUAAACUCUUUCUGCUCCGACGAGUUCCUCUGGAGGCAACAAUGUUCCGCCACAUGGCCUUCUACCUUAGAUACACGUGUCCAAAGCAUCAUCUCAACGUUCCCCGCCGGUCAUCGGCAGUUUUUCUCCGAUGCUUUUCCGUUUCUUGAACAUGAUGGUGUGAUCAAUCUCCCACCGUCCGUUGAUACGACGGAGUUAAUCUCAGCCGUUGAUAUAUUCUACAAAGGUGAUGUGAUAUUCUCAAGGGUUCAUGUGACAGAGACAGUCUCUGGUUGGUUCCUUUGUUCACCUAUGCGUGUCGAUCUUGUCGAACCGAAAGAACUGAUUUCGACAAAAGUUUCAGUGGUCAACCAAUGGGAAGAUGACACGUGGAAAAGUGACUUGGAAAAGAAUCUCUCCUUGAGCUGGAUUCUCAUUGACCCGACCGGUAAACGUGCGGCGGAUGUAUCAACCCGUAAACCCGUCUCGGUGCAACGUCAUUGGUUAACUGGAGAAGUUCACGUAAAAUUCUCAACAAUUUUUGUCGUGGGCAACAAGAAAAGGUCGGAGCAAGUAGAGUUCACGGUGACGGUGGUGCUGGCGGCGUUUAACCGGAGGGAAGAGGAAGCGGCGGUAAUGCAGAUAAGAGAGGUGAGCCUAGUAGCAGAGGACAAAGAUGGGAAAAAUUUAGGAGGGAAUGGUAGUUUGGUAAUUUUGGCGGCGGCCAUGGGGAGGAAGCGUCGGUUUAGGGCGGGUGGGGAAGGAGGAGGGAAAGAGAAGUACUUAGAAUUCAUGGAGAGGAAGACCGCGAAGGCGGAGAUGAAGUGGCGGCGAGAGAAAGAAACGGCUAUGGAGACGGCGGCGUGUUGGAUCGCCGUCCUCUUACUUGCCUAUCACUGUCCUGUUUGAUUCUGCUAAUUAAGGACAAAUUAGUUA